GCUGAAUACGGACUCUCGGAGGAACAAGUGGCGGAGUUCAAGGAGGCCUUUAUGCUCUUCGACAAGGACCUCGACGGGCGGAUAACCGCCACUGAGCUGGGCAUUGUGAUGCGAUCUCUUGGGCAACGGCCCUCGGAGACGGAGCUGAAGAACAUGGUCACCAUGGUUGAUCAGGAUGGCAACGGAACCAUCGAGUUCAACGAGUUCCUCCACAUGAUGUCCAAGAAGAUGAAGGAGACGGACAAGGAGGAGGAGCUGAAGGAGGCGUUCCGCGUCUUUG